ACUGAGGCGGAGAAAGGCCAGGGGCGUAUUUUUGUCUACCCGGCCUCUGCCGAGGGAGAGGCUGGGCCAAAAUGGCCGCCCUGGCGUUGGGCCGGAGCUCGGGCCGAGAGUAGGAGCGGCCGCUGCGGCCCCCGUCGCCUUCCUUGGAUUUGCUGCCAAAUCAAUGAAAGGCAGAAAGCCCCGUUAUGAUGGAUCUCUGGUUCAGCUGACCAGAAGAUUCAUGGAUCUUGUCAAAGCUGCUCCAGAAGGAGUCCUGGAUUUGAAUGAAGUAUCUCGUUUGCUAGGAGUACGGAAACGAAGAGUAUAUGAUAUUACAAAUGUGUUGGAUGGAAUACAUCUUGUUCAGAAAAGGUCCAAGAAUCAUAUCCAAUGGGUGGGUUCAGAUAUUAAACAUAUUACUAAACGAACACCGGAGCAGCAGAAGUUAAGAGAUGAACUCUGUGAUUUGACAACAAUGGAAGAAGCAUUGGAUGAAUUAAUCAAAGAUUGCGCUCAUCAGUUGUUUGACUUAACAGACAAUAAAGAAAAUGCAAAAUUAGCUUACGUGACCUAUCAAGAUAUCCAUAAUAUUCAGACAUUUCAGGAACAGAUUAUUAUUGCAAUUAAGGCUCCAGAAGGAACCAGGAUGGAAGUUCCCCCUCCUAAAGAAGACCGCAUAGAAGUACACGUUAGAAGUACAAAAGGCCCCAUUGACGUUUACUUAUGUGAGGUGUCGUUAGAUAAUCCAGACAUUAAAGCUUCUGAAAAUACAGAUCAACUUUCAUGCGAAAGCAAAUAGGUUGCUUUGCUGGAGUGUAUCACAUGAAGAGUGGAAGAAAAAGUGAAGGAUUUGAUUUUUAAGCUUCAGAUUUUCCAAGUUUUAAAUCACUAUGGACCAAUGCAGAGAUAACAGGUGUUUCUCACCUGAGAAUUUGCUUCCUGUUUCAGGCAUUCCCAAUGACAUAAAAGAGAAGAAUUAAAUGAACAUCUUUCCUUUAGCCCUCUGUAUCAGAUCCAAAGUUUGUUUACGCUGGAAAAGUGACAGUUAAUACAACACAAAUGCAGAGACAUGCACGGGGGAAUACUGCUUAAGCAAGCCAGGCUUAAGUUUUACAAAAGGGGCUUAGGUUGUCUUUUGAUACAAGGUUCAUAAGCCCACAGAGUAGCUGCCAUAAUUUAUUUCAUGUAAGUGGCUUCUUUUGCAGCUCAAUGCAUAAUAGCAUUUGGGUUACUUUUACUGCUCUUUCAAAAGAUAGCUCUUUGGAACUGAAGAGAUGUAUUUACAAUUGCUGCACAACAGUUGCUCCAAGGUUGUUUUGAGCAUGGAAUACAAUAUAAAAAUGCAAAAGGGGAAAUGUUUUAUACAAGAAAACUAGAGUAGAUGAACCAAGGUUUUAAAAAAGAAGUCUGAAGAAAUUGAAAUUGCGUGGACCCAGCUUGUAUGCAUCAUGUUUAAAUGGUCAUUAAAGAAUAUUUGGAAGGCAGAAUUGCACUCCUGAAUCUGUACAGCAAAUAAUAAUAAAUGUGUAAAUAUGAAAAG